UGUGCCCUCUCAGCGACACAGCAAAUUAAGCCCAAUUUCCUCAAGCCUCUGAGACCGACUCCCAGGGAUUCAGGGUUUGAGACCCGGAACUUCGGAGAAGCAGAGCUUUACAUUUCCCCGCGCUCCUCUGAUGACCCAGGCAGCCGAGAAGGAGGUUGCUUCUUCUGGCCGAGACGUCCGUCUCACCGUGGGACCUCGAACCGGUGAACCUUGUGGCAGGGGAACAUCCUGGGACCACCGAGGUGGGAGCAGGCGUUCAGGACCGACGUCCCCGCAGCACUGCAGGAGUCACGCGCAUCAGCCAUUCUGCAUUUCCUGCAACUUGCUGCUCCUGCACUUCCUCUUCAGGGCUCCGCCAUGGCCUCCCUCAGUCUGUGGGCUGUUCUCCUCGUCUUCCUGAUCAACUCCUCCAGUCAACUCGAGGACAACAAGAUCCCCAGCCUGUGCACCGGGCAGCCUGGGAUCCCAGGAUCCCCCGGGGGUCACGGCAGCCCCGGCCAGCCUGGCAGAGACGGGCGGGAUGGUCGGGACGCCGCUCCCGGGGAGAAGGGAGAAAGGGGUGACAGAGGAGAGCCAGGGGUUUCGGGCGAGAGAGGUUACAGCGGCGACCGAGGAAGCCCAGGAGAGAAGGGCGAGCGGGGCGAGCCUGGGGAGUGCGCCGUGGCCCCCAAGUCGGCGUUCAGCGCCAAGUUGUCCGAGACGCGCAGCGCACCGGUGCCUGUAGAUGGCGCCGUUGUGUUCGACACGCCGCUCUUGAACGAGCAGGGCGACUACAACGUGGAGACGGGCCGCUUCACGUGCCGGGUGCCGGGGGUGUAUUAUUUCACCGUGCACGCCACUGUGUACCGCGCCAGCCUCCAGUUCGACCUAAUGAAGAAUGGCCAUGUGGUGGCGUCCUUCUUCCAGUUCUACGGCAAUUGGCCCAAACCGGCCUCGCUUUCCGGUGGCUCCCUGCUACACCUGGUGCCUGGCGACCAGGUUUGGGUCCAAAUGGCCCUGCAAGAGUUCAGCGGCUUCUACUCCAGCUCUAAGACGGACAGCACCUUCACGGGCUUCCUGGUGUACUCGGACUGGAAGAACUCCGCUGUGUUUGCCAUAUAGGCGACGUCACUCGCAUGUACGCAACACGUUUGCGAACAGACUGGAAGCGCUUGAAGAAAUGUAUUGAUAAAAAACACAUGCACGCACACACACACACACUCUCUCGUUCCCACGACUCAUGCUAUAGGUGUUGUACAUGUUUAGCUGCUUAGCAAAUGCACAGCUCAUUUAGUCAGUCGGAUAUUUCACUGCAACGACACUUUUAUGUAAAAUAAACCACCAAAGGUUUAA